CGGGCGGAAAAGCGGGAGGUUCAGAAUGGUUGGCUCUCUGUGGCGAUGAGAUGAUACUGACAACUAAGUUGAUUCUUGAACAUUUUGUUUUCUACGUGGAGAAACUAGGAGGAGUCGACGCACCUCAUACCACGCAACACCAUGAACAGCAGUAUUGCUGUAUUCUCUAAUCAGGGAAACCCAUUCCCAGUUCCUGUAAGAAACAGAACUCAUUAUCACCCCUCACAGCCCCUGCCUCUGACUGCGGAACAGAAGCAGAUUGUUCUAAGCCCAGCUCGACUGAGUUCAGUGCCUGCUCACCUUUCCGAUGCUCUUAGUCCCCCUGACUUGAGGUUUCUGGAGGGAUCUCAGCAGCUUGUGCCUGGUCUUCCAUCAUCAGACUCCUCUGGUCCUUUUGAUGAAUCUUGGCCCUCCUCUGACGGCAGUGCCUAUAAGACACCAGAGCUAGAUGAGCAAGAGGCUACAGUCGAUUCAGUACUAAAGUAUCUACAGAGGGAUCCUGCUAGUGACCCGUCCUCCACGGACUCAGUAAUUGCCAGGUAUGUGGCAAGAUUUCGUAAUGGGCGUCCGACAAGCAGAACAGAGCGUUCUCCCCCUAAACAAGACAUGAAAGAUUUCUGGUGGCUUCAGACGUCUCCUGACAGCCCUGACACCGAGCGGUACCGCACAGACACAGGAAUUCAGAGUUUGCUGUUCUCUCCGCAAGAUCUGGAGAAGACUCCUCCCCAUGAGGAUGGGUCUCUCAAUGAAUCUAAACUCUACUCUGAGAAUGUGGAUGUUGUACGUUUGCAGGACCGAGCAGGGAAACUGAUACUGAGGAGCGAGUCCUCUCUCAGCAGUGAGGUUCCUGUGAGCUCUAAUGGUCUGGGCUCCUCUCCGUUAUCCAGCGUCUCAAACUGCAGCAGUUCAAAGCCCCUCACAUCACUACAACCAGCUCCUGUUGUCUCCGUUCACCUACCACAGACUGUAAGUGUUCCACCAUCUGUACGAUCACAUUCCAUGUUAACGCCUGAGGAAGAUAUUUUGUACCAGUGGCGACUACGUAGGAAGAUGGAGCAAGCAAGAGAAGGUACACUUCCUCUGCCUUCCCGAGGUCGCACUCCUUCCCCACCAGUGCGAAUCCCCAAACCGGUGGUGCAUACCGAUAACUUUGCCGCUUCGGUUUACUGUGGGCAAACAAAAGAGGAAGCACAUGUGCCAUGUAUCCCCUUCCAAACAAAUGAGCGGGGGCAACUUCCUGUCUCCUCUGCAAGUACUAUCCCUAUUGCUAGUCCGACUCUGGCCACAAACAUGUCCACAUUUACUGUUCCCCCCCAUAUGCAUCUUCUCUGUGAUAUUCUACCAUGUACUCAGAGCCAUGUGUCAACAAAACAGGAGAGUAACAAAGGAAGACCACAACAAGCUCCCAGCACAGCAACACCUGCGCCUGCUGAGGAACAGAGAAAGGAGGUACAUAGCGGGCAGUACCACAAGGUGCUGCCAUCACAUGUCCCUGGAAAAAAAUAUCUUAAGAAGACGGAGAGAGUUGAGGACAGAAGAGUUAAACAAAGGAAAGAUGAGCCUAAGGCAGCAAGGGGCAGAAAUGAGAUGAAAAAAGAUAUCAGGACUAAAGUUGUGGAUGAAACACCCCCAGAGUCACAAGUGCACCUAGCAGUAGGUGAGGUGAUCUCUGAGCGACUCUUUUCACCAAUUCCCUCUCCAAAGCCCAAGCUUGUGGUUAAGAUGACAAAAUCUGCUACACCACCUGCAGAGCCUGCUAGUAACCAGCAGCCCCUGGAAUUGGCUGCUCAGCUCUUGGAGGAGGCAGAAGACUCUGAUGGAACAGAGUUUGCAGAUGAUCCUUUGCUGCAGGUUUUGCGUGAACAAAGAGAAGCUCUUCGAGUGAGACUUCGGACUGUCGAUCUUCAACUUACAGAUAUGGAGUCCCAGACCAGAGUCGGUUGAUAUCACUUAUGCUGACAUCACACUUAAGCGUGCUAAUUAUUUAUACCUGUGUUUGUUUACUAAUAUGUCUGUUUUUGUUUUAAGUAUUUAUUUACAAAUUUAAUAUAAUCAUGCUGGUUUUCUAGCUAUUAAUAAAGUAUUUGUAAUAAAAAUAUUCCUCAUUUAUGUGUAAAUUUGUUGUGGUGGAACUAAUUCUCACUUCACUGGGACUUGUUUCACUGACCUAUGUUUAGUAAUCUAGUAAAAUAAAUAUAUAAUAAUUUAUGUAGCAUCAUUUAAUUAUGAAGGAAGGAUAUUUUUUUAUUUUUUUUGAUAAGUUAUAAUCAGCCUUUGGGGUAAAUUUAUUUUAUGAAGCUGCAUUCGUAGAUUUUUAGGCUAUGCAAAAAAGGCUCACAUGAGUGAGCCUGCAGCCACAUAUUUAAGCAGCAGAAACUGCUUCUUUUGCUUCUCCAAAACCUUAGAUGUGGCGAUAUUGAUCACCCCGACACUCGCUCGUCUGGGGUGACUGAGAUGCCCAGCUCUUGUGCAAUUUGUUUCUCAGGGGGUGGCAUUGCACAAAAAAUGUUUUGCGCAGCGUUUAAUUGUCUGUGCAGUGCAACCUUGCAAGUGGCGAUUGUAGGCAGACAGGAUCACUACUUGCAAACCUGUCCAUCUGCAAUGAAGAUAAUUUUUGCCCUUUUAUCUUGAUGCCAAAUUUUGAAACAGCCAGACUUUUGGACUCACAGCAGAAGUUUUCUGUACAGUUUGUGCUUAGGAUACGGUAGAUUAACCAGGAAGCCUGAAGUGUAAUAUAUUUGCUUUCAGGGGAUAAAUAUAUUACAUUAUUUAUUGCCUGCAUAAGAAGCCUCCUAGGGCUCCCACUUGCCCAUCACUGUUCUAUAAUAAUAAUAAUAAGUAUUGACAUUUGAAACGAGUUGUGUAGUAUUCUAUUAAAGAUAUAUGAUAGAUAUAUAGCUUUUUUUUUCUAUCCAGAUUUUGUUUCGAGUAUGUCAGUCUCAACCAUUACAAAAGAGAGGGGAGUCUUGAUAGUGCAAUAAAGGUAACCCUUCUUAUUUAUUCACGUGAUGUCCUCUGUAUUUUAGUUUUUUUUAUGCUACUUGGGCAGUGUAUAUGUACGCAUAAAAUAUAAAAAUGUUCGUUAUUGUAAUAAUGCUCAGUACAUGAACACCACGGAAAGAACAAUAUAGUGUAAUAUUUAUUUGCACAUUGUGUUAAUGACAAUUACUUGCUCACAUUGUAUAGCUCAUCAGUGCAUUAUACAAUCCCUUAUAAGGUUAUAAUAUUACUGUGUCUUGUGUUUUCAGGUCAGUAAAAAAAUUGCCUUAUCUUCCACAGGAAACCUCACAAUAUCAAUGAAAGUCACCAGUAGCAGGUUGUUCAUAAUGAGAA